CCCAGGACCCCCGAAAAUGGGAGAGAGGAUUUCCUUUACACGCCAUGAAGCGUUCACUACCCGCUCGCUUUCUACAAUCUUUGACAUUGGAACGUAUCUCUUACCGAUCCAAGAGCACUAGCUUUAUUGGCCUCGGACGUAUGGGUUACGAAAUGGCGCAUAAUCUCUUUUCGAAACAAUAUGCAAAUGCUCAGGAUGCUCAUUUCAUCGUCUGUGAUGCUGUACCCGAACGCGCUCAAGCUUUUAGUGCAUCCUUUCUAACUCGAUUUCCUGGCGCUAAGAUAGCAAUUGCUCGCACUCCAGAAGAAGCAACUCUAGCUUCACAAAAUAUCAUAACAAUGUUACCAUCAUCUCGAGAGGUCAAAACUGUCUACAACGAUGGAAUCGUGCCGACUCUGAAGAAACUAUCGUCUACGUCGCACAAUACACUCUGUAUAGACUCGACCACACUGAAUGUAGAUGUUGCAUGUCAGGUUGCCAGAGACGUUGUCGACACCAACUCUCAGAUGAUAGAUGCUCCGGUAUCAGGCGGCGUUACCGGUGCAAAAGCGGGAACACUGUCCAUCCUUGUCGGUGGUACCGAACCAGCAUUCAACCUCGCAAGUCCCAUCCUCGCAAACAUGGGACAGCGCAUAAUUCACUGUGGCCCUUCUGGUGCAGGUUUGGGAGCAAAGAUAUGCAAUAACCUCAUCCUCGGGGUACAACAAAUUGUCGUUGGCGAAGCCAUGUUACUAGGAGAAAAACUCGGUUUGGAUCCUGCAGUUCUUGCCAGUGUGGUCAGCUCCUCUACCGGGAGCUGUUGGUCGGUUUCUGUUAACAAUCCCGUUCCUAAAUCGCUCCCCGAGAAGUCUCCUCCUUGUGAAAGAGGUUACGAAGGAGGCUUUGCAACCUCUCUUAUGUUGAAGGACAUGGGCCUCGCUACUGAUAUCGCUGCUACGGUUGGAAGCCCUUUACCGCUUGGAGAAGCAGCCGAAAGUCUAUAUGCCCGCGUCAUACAAGAAGAGCCAGACCUUUCCCAGAAAGAUUUCUCAUCCAUCUACCGUUACUUGAGCAAAGCAUCAUCCGAGGGCAGAAAAGUGAGAGUUGCACAGGAAACACGCGGGAUAUCGUGAACGCUUGUUUUGUAACAUUUGAAACUGGAAGGA